AUGGAGGACGUGUACGGAGGAGGAGCAUCUGCUUCCUUAGCCCAACAGCAAGACUACUUUCCCAUUGACGACCUUCUCGACCUGUCAAACGACGACCUUUUCUCUUCCUCCACUUCCUCCACCGACUCCAUUGACCUCCACCCUCCACCGCCACCUCCGCACCCCCACGUCAGCUCCACCCCCUUCAACCCCACCGCUGCCACCGACUUCACCAACGACCUCUGUGUACCCAGUGAUGACGUGGCGGAAUUGGAGUGGUUGUCGCGCUUCGUGGACGACUCCUUCACCGACUUCCCCACCACCAACGUCUUCGGCUCCGCGUCCUUCCCAAACGACACGUCUUCCUUGUUUCCGAGCCGGGUUCGCACCAAUCGCACAAAAUGGGGCGGCCCACCCGAGCCCAGCGACUCACGGGCGAAGCCCAAGAGAGAGCCAUCGGAAGCUUCUCCGUCGCCCUCCAAGCCGCGCCGGUGCGCGCACUGCGCCUCGGAGAAGACGCCGCAGUGGCGGGCAGGUCCAAUGGGCCCCAAGACGCUGUGCAACGCGUGUGGUGUCCGAUUCAAGUCGGGUCGGCUCGUGCCCGAGUACCGACCCGCGGCAAGCCCAACGUUCGUGCUGACUCAGCACUCCAACUCGCACCGGAAGGUUCUGGAGCUCCGUCGCCAGAAAGAGGCUUCAGAGCAGCAGCAACCCGAAGGGCAACAGCAGCAGAAGCAGCAAUUCUAUCUUCACCGGGAUGAGUAUCAAGUGUGCUGA